UUGCCUAGCUGGGGCUGGUGCUUCCGCGCCUCGUCCUGGAGCGUCGCUGCGGGGUGGCCGCUGGGUGUUCGGGUCGCCAUGGCUGGUUACGAAUACGUGAGCCCGGAGCAACUGGCUGGCUUUGAUAAGUACAAGUACAGUGCUGUGGAUACCAAUCCACUCUCUCUGUAUGUCAUGCAUCCAUUUUGGAACACUAUAGUAAAGGUGUUUCCUACGUGGCUGGCUCCAAAUCUGAUAACCUUUUCUGGCUUUCUGCUGGUCGUAUUCAAUUUCCUACUCUUGGCAUACUUCGAUCCUGACUUUUAUGCUUCAGCACCAGGUCACAAGCAUGUACCUGGUUGGGUGUGGAUCGUGGUGGGCAUCCUCAACUUCGUAGCCUACACUCUAGAUGGUGUGGAUGGAAAGCAGGCGCGCAGAACCAAUUCCAGCACUCCCUUGGGGGAGCUUUUUGACCACGGCCUGGAUAGUUGGUCGUGUGUUUACUUUGUUGUGACCGUGUACUCCAUCUUUGGACGAGGGUCGUCUGGUGUCAGUGUUUUUGUUCUGUAUCUGCUGCUGUGGGUGGUUUUGUUUUCUUUCAUCCUGUCCCACUGGGAAAAGUAUAACACAGGGGUUCUUUUCCUGCCGUGGGGAUAUGACAUUAGCCAGGUGACUAUUUCUUUUGUCUACAUAGUGACUGCGAUUGUGGGAGUUGAGGCCUGGUAUGAACCUUUCCUGUUUAAUUUCUUAUAUAGAGACCUAUUCACUACAAUGAUUAUUGGUUGUGCAUUAUGUGUGACUCUUCCAAUGAGUUUAUUAAAUUUUUACAGAAGCUAUAAAAAUAACACCUUGAAACACAGUUCAGUCUAUGAAGCUCUGGUCCCCUUCUAUUCUCCAUGUUUGCUGUUCGUUUUGUCUACAGUGUGGAUCCUCCAGUCACCUUCAGAUAUUUUAGAGAUGCACCCUAGAGUAUUCUACUUUAUGGUGGGAACAGCCUUUGCCAAUAUCACAUGUCAGCUGAUUGUUUGUCAAAUGAGCAAUACCAGGUGUCCAACUUUGAAUUGGUUGCUGGUUCCUCUCUUCUUGGUUGUCAUGGUGGUAAACUUCGGAGUCACUUCUUACAUUGAGAGCAUUCUUCUGUAUACAUUAACAACUGCUUUCACUCUGGCCCACAUCCAUUAUGGAGUACGAGUGGUAAAGCAACUGAGCAGCCAUUUUCAGAUUUACCCCUUCUCAUUGAGGAAACCCAACUCGGAUUGACUAGGAGUGUAAGAAAACAGUAUUGGCCUGUAAUCCACAGAAGGAAGUACUAUAAAUAAGAUGCUUGUAAAUAUUUCAUCUAUCACCAUUGAACUAAACUGAUCUGCUUACAGACAUGGGAACUCUGCGCGUGGUACUUGUACAGCAGGAAUGACAUAUAUAAUCUGAAAUGUGGUAUUUUGAACCUACUAACUCCCACCUUAUUUUAUUUUUUAUAAAACCAUGUGAUGUUUUGGUUAAGCAUAAUGUACAUUAGACCAGCAAAAUGUUUGUAGUGAUUUUAGAUUCAUGAGUCCAUAAUGUUUUGGUUCAUACAGAGUUAAAGAUGCUUUAUUUUUAUUAUUUUUAAAACUCCCAAAUUGGUUUAGAGCACUGAUAACAUUCAGAAAACCACAAUAUGGUUUCAUAUUUGGUACUCAGUAGUAGGUUAUGUGCUGUGGAAGCCGUCUAACAUAGGGAAAAGAGAAGAGUAAGUCACCUUCAGCAAGAGAUGCCAAAUGAUUACAGAACAAUAUACAGGUCUGCCAACAUAGCAGUUUCCCUUUCCCAUGGAAUGCCCUGGUCCUCCUGUGCUGAGAGCUAACAUACAUGCUUAGAUUCUUUAGUGUCCUGGCUCUCUCUGUUAUGGAACAGAGCUUGGUCAGUGGUUUGGUUUUCUUUUAAAGAAACGUAUUCUGUUGAGACUCAGUAAAGAAUGGGUUGUAAUUGUAGCUCCGCAUUGGCAGGGUUCACUGUUUAAAUGUGGCAUUUCCCCCCUCGGCUGCAAGUUGCUGAGAUUUGGUGCCUGUGAACUAUGAUUAAAUGAAUGGCUUGUGCCAGUGCGAGUCUUAUGAUAAUUACUUGUGAGGAAUACAGCUAAACUUCCUUAUUAGAGAAAUUUACUUUGGACUUAGGACUCUCAUGAACCUCACUAUGAAAUUCCUACUGUUGAACCUCACUACAAAAUUAGUUUUGUGAUUCAGUUUGUCCUUUCUUCCCUUCCCUCCCUCUCCCUCUUCCUCUCCCUCUUCGUGGAGGAGAGAGUGCUGUAUUUUUAAUUUCAUUCAGGAUAAAGAAGUAGAAAUUCUCCCUUCUCCAACUUACCCACCUCCCCACUUGAAGAAAAUUUUUGAUAUAUAUGCCUUACUGAGUAUAUACUCUCUUUAAUAUACUUGGAGUAAUUUUUGAGGUUUACUGACAAGCAUCAAGAUCUCUUUGACUUUAAUGUGAUUGUUUAAUAGAUCAUACCUUUUCAUGAAUGUGGAUAUUUUUUUCUAUUUCUUUUUUCCUUUGUCUCUACUUUGGUGGUGGUGAAAUUUACUUCCUGAUUUUCUUCUGUUUUCUACUGAAUGAAGUUUGUGCUUGAAUGAAGAGUGUAUCUUAAACCCUUUUUUUUGGAUGGAUUGCACUUGGAUAAAAUAGGCACCACUGUGUUGAUAUGUAAUUAAAUUCAUAACCAUUAUUUAUCUAUGAAUGUGACCAUUUUAAAAUUUAAUUACAGUGUAUUACUUUGUUGAGCUUGUCUGCUGCUUUGUAAAAAUAACUGUGUAAUUGAUAUUUCAAUUUUUAAAUUUUUAAAUUCUAAUAAUUGUCAUCUAGGUUAUUAGAAAUGAAGAGUCCAGGAGCUAACUCAUGGUUCUGACUCAUUUUUAAAAAUGUUUGUAAAGGUUGAGGUAUAUUCAGUGACUUUCUCUGAGACAAAAAUGAACACUGAAAAUAGAUGAGAAAUUGUGCCGGAAAAUGUGGGUAGUGAUUCCAUGUUUGUUGGUAAGUUGCCAUCGUAGAGGUCAGUUAAGUGAAAUUAAUGUUAUUUUUUGUAUACCUUGUUCUGUGUCAUCCCCAAAAUUCAACUGGAUAAAGUGUUCAUUUGGGCUGGGAACAAAGCUUUGUUUCAAAGUUUCUAAGCUAAUCAAUUUACUGUUUUGUUUACCUUGUACCCAAGAAUGAGACUAAUCUGUAUUAUAUAAGAAAGGAACUGAUAAAUAUUUAUAAAAUGACAAAUUUGGACCAUAGGCUUUCUCCACCUUUUAUAGCAUAGUAAGAAAAUACCUCUUACUUGUGGCAUGGGGUCAUGUCCUGUAACUUGGGGCUUUUACCUUAAAGUGUGUUUCUGCUCUCUUUCUGUUUUAUCAAGUUUAUUUGAAGAUUGUUUCGUGCCUGUAUUUUAUGACUUAUUUCUCUGUGGCGGUAAAGAAUUUGCCAGUCAGUUUUAUUGACAUCCUUAGAUGAAAGAAAGGUGGCCAUCAGCAAGGCGAAAGCGAAACUGAGUCAUGAACGAACUGUUUCAAAGUGCUGUGAACGUGGGCGUCUGGGUGCGCUCCCCCUCUCCUCCUCGGCCUAGUCUGCCGCUUGAAGUGCAUCUUGAAAGCCCCCAUUUCUUAGGCAGUGAUGGGGCGGCUGAGCAGGACUUAGCUACAAGUAGCUCUGUGCAUUUACCUCAUGCCAGAUGCCAUAACACUUCCAAAGGACAGAAGAUACUUGAGGCUUAUGUGUGAUGUUUUGGGGUGAGUUCACACCUCAGCCUUUCUCCCAGCAUACACUGAGCUGCCUUUGGGGGAGCAGUGGGAUGGCUGUCACCCAUACUUGUUUUCUGUAUAGUUCAAAACAGGGUGCCUUAGCCAGGCCAGAGGUUUACUUUGUGUUUCUGCUGACCAAAGUUACCUAGACCUGUAAGAGAAGUUUCUUUUCAGGUUAUGGUAAGAAAAAUGUCUUUUCUUGCUUGUCAGAAAAUAAUUCCCCUCUACUUGACGGGGGCACAGGAUAGAAAAAUUAGAAAAUACCUGGAUAGAGUAUGUUAAUGCUGCCCUUUGUGGUCCUUUAAUAACACGAUCUUAGUGCAGUGCAUUGCCUAAAAUCGUUACAAUUUAAAUUGUCAUUCCUCCACCAACACAUAAUAAAUAGAGUUUAUGGAUUUUAGUCUUAAGGGUGAUAGAGUGAAUAGCUUCCAAGUAAAAAACUAAAUAAUCUUCCUUCAUAUUUAAUAUCAUGGCUAACAUGCUUUUAAUUCUAAUUUUAAAGGAAAGUUAAAUGCUGAUUAUGGUCAAGAAUGUUAUAGUACUUCUACCAACAUGCCAUUUGUUUUAAUAUAGAGCUAUUGGGAAGAUAACUGUAUGUCUAGAGUUACCCAAAUUCUAAAUUAGAUACCAAAAGAGUAUUGAUUGUGACCUGGAGCCUGGGCAUGGGGCAUAGCGGAGGAAAAAGCAUGUGUCAUAUCUACUUAAGAGAAGUAGGUGUCACCGGAAUGCCUCAUACCCUCAGGGCCCAGUGAUUAUCUGUUUAAAAUGGUCACAAUUUAGCUCCUCAUUCCUCCACUAAUUUCAGAUUCAAAGUGAAUUUGAAAGUUUUCUAAGUGUUUAAUUUUCAAAGAAUUCCUUUAUUUUGUAGUCAGUCAUAAUGCAUUUGGAGUGUACCUUACUUUUCAAAGGAGACUUUGAUUCUAUAACCUCUCCAGAGUAAAAGAUAAUCUGAAGGUGCUUGAAUCAAAGGCCACUCUCCCCUUUGUAUUUUACCAAGAAGUCUGUCCGUAACUCUUCCUCUUCGGGCUUCACCUGGGUUUCAUUUUAUCUAGCCACUGCCUAGGACAGAGAUGCCCACUUGCUCUGUUGCCCCAGUUCUUGCCACAUUCAAAUCUCCUUGAUUGCCUUAGAUAUCUUGUCUCAUCAAGGAUGGGAACGUGCCAGAGGGAACAAAGUAAACCUGAUGGGCUAGAACGUUGGACUUUGGGUCCCCAAAUUAGCCAAAAACAGAUAGAGAAAUGUUUGGUUGUGUUGAUUCCUGUGUUCAGAGUGGCCUUUCUCUUGGCCUCAGUUCUGGACUUGAUUGAGCACUUAUAGGAAAUUUAUGGUCAGACUAGAAUUUUCUUUGUCCUUUGAGAUUUCUUUGUAGGGCAGUGUGCCCUUUCUUGAACACCCUGUGGGUGAAUAACCUUAUUAAGUUAGCUGCCAGUACUAGAACCUUCUAGGAAUUUUAAUUAGUAUGCUGCAUCUGAAGCACUUUGACAUGCUGUUUUUACAUUUAAAGUGACAGUUUAAACAGUAAAGUGGUGGUAAAUUAAUCACUGUGAAACUCGAGAGUGUGAUGCUCUGCAUUUUAGGAAGCAUAAGUAGAUUCUGUUUUUUAAAAAUUAAUUAUGAAACCCAUGUGAUUUGUAUAUUUUACUUUUCAUCUUUGACAGUGGUUCAAAUGACUGAUCUAUUGGCAGGCAGCUACUUUUUGGGUAUAUGGUAAAUCAUGGUUGUUUAACUUUUCCAGAGAAAGUGGCUAUGUGUUUACUUUUUCCUUGUGUGGAGCCAUGGGAAUCGGAUUUAUUGGCAAAUUCAUUUCCAGUCUUUCUACAGUGCAAAAUAAAUGUAACCUUUUUAACCUGCAUGCUGGUAAUAUGCUCUGCUUUUUUAGUAAACAAAUAUACAAAAGA